UAUAAAACACUGCCCCAAGCACUUGUAUUAUUCACUUGUAUUAUAUUGCUGUAAUACAGUAUAUGACUUUUGUAAAAUCAUACAAAAAUCUAUUAACAGAUGUCAUGUACCAAACAUCGUCCAGGAGGCGCCGUUACAAAGGCAGACUCCGACCCAACAUCACCAAUGGCCUGCAGCCCCAAAAAAAGAAGUAACGUUACGAAGACAAUGGCCGACUUACGAAGUUCGUAAACCUUUAGGGAAUAGCCUCUGGCGUUACCGACUCCACAGGGACCUAUGAACUCCCUCAGCGAGUCCGCUCAGUCCGGCCCCUGAUCGUGCAGCAUCUCCUUCACACUUACAUCGAAGGAGGUGCCAAUAAAAGGCCUGACUACAAACAAGUCACCUGUAAAAACAAGAUUGAGUGUGGCUGCCUCCCAAACCAAGACCCAAGAAAACAGAACAGAUCCUGCCAUUUCACUACCAUAUCAUCAUCACUGCAGACCCUUAGUUUCCCAAAGGACGAGAUGACUGACUCCCUGCCACAGGUGCACCAGCAGGAGGAUGCAGGGCUGGACACCAACACGAGUGGCCACGACAAGCGGGCACAGAUUGCUGAAGGUGGCAAGAGACUCAAGGUGAUUUACAUGAGCACCAACGAGAAGCCAGUAAAGAGAAGGCGACCUAAUUACUCAAGAGAUGAAGUCUUCGCCCUUGUCACAGGAGUCAGAAAGAGGUGGCACAUCCUUAGUUCAGUCUCAUCCACCCUAACUGCUGCAGACAAACAACAGGCAUGGGAAGCUGUUACUAAGGAAGUCAACGGAGUGAGCCGUGUUGUGAGGAGUGUGGACGAGAUGCGGGUAAAGUUUUUUGACUUCAAGAGCGCCACCAAGAGAAAGAUGAUGGCCUUGAAUCUAAAGCUGACCAGCACAGGUGAUGGCUCUGUAACAUCGCCCAAAUUCUCAGAGGCUGAGGAGGCAAUGGCACAGCUGCUGGACUGUGAGGUUGCUGUGCCCAUGGGAGCAAAAUCAAAACCACAGCGUCCACUACCGCAUCCUGUGUCCUCAGGUGGUGGCUCUGCAAAAUUGCCCAAGCCCAAAGAUUUUGAGGUGUCACGGCUGCAGGACUCGGUGGUCCUGGAGGGCUUAGGAUACCAUUUAGAAUCUGAGUAUUAUCUACGGCAUCAAGAUGUAUCAGCAACCUCCACUACCAGCCUCUACAAUGAGAGAGGUCAUAGACCACGUCAUAUGCAACUACCUAUGUGUUCAAGUGACACAGAAGAACUUGAUGAAUACCUGUAUGCUGUGGAUGAAGCCUACUCUCCACACAAGUCAGAGGAAGUGGAAUCUUCUGAUGAGAAUGAAACUCCUGAGGACACAGUUGUACUGCACAUUGACAGCUCAACCGUAGCUUCCCCACUCAACUCCCAAACCAGACCCAAGACUGGGCAGAAAAGAAUCUCCAGGCUGUACUGGGAACAUAUUCAUUAUGAUAGAAACGAAGCACCUACGAUUCCCAUCUUUGAUGCCCGUAACUACAGUGGGAAUGGGGAGGGUGGCAUAUCUCUUCCUAUAGACCUAUUCAGGAGAUUCUUCACUGACAACCUAAUUGAUAUGAUUGUUGAUCAGUCAAAUUUAUAUUCAGUUCAAGAAAAUCCAAACAGACCUUUAAAUCUAGAUAAGCUAGAACUAGAACAGUGGUUAGGGUUAUGUUUUCAUAUGUCUCUAAGUAAAAUAUCCGAUAUCAGGUUGCAUUGGUCUGUAGGAUAUGAAAAGUUUAGUUCAGUAAUGCGCAGAGACAGGUGGGAGGAAAUAAAGAGCAGGUUCCACCUUGUAGAUUAUUCACAAACAGACCAACAGGACAAAUUAUCAAAGGUAAGACCCCUACUUGAACACCUGAGAUCAAAGUUCAAAGAAAUCCCCAUGACUGAAUAUUUAUGUGUAGGUGAGCAAGUGGUACCCUUCAAGGGGAAUCCAUCUAUGGAGCAAUAUAUUCCUGAGAAACCACACAAAAGAGGGUGCAAAUUUUUUGUUCUGGCAGACUGUAUGGGGAUGGUAUAUGAUUUUAUACCAUAUACUGGUAAAACAGAGCCUGUAAAUAAUCCAAAUGUUCCAGAUCUGCAAGGAAAUUCUAAUUCAGUACUCCAUCUUGCUGAGUGCAUACCUCCAUUCAAGAAUCAUAAAUUAUAUUUUGACGAUCAGUUCACCUCUCUUCCUCUUUUAGAUCACUUAGCUUCUCGUGGUAUAUGGUGUACUGGAGCUAUUAAAGAGAACAGGAUACCUAAUCUGACAUUCAUGUCAGAUAAGCUUCAAGCUCUUGGGCAAGGCUUUCAUGAUGAAUGGGAGACAAAAUCUGAGAGUAAUAACAAAAUAACAGUUCUAAAAUGGUUUGACAACAAACCAGUUCACCUUGCAUCUACAUUUGCCACUUCAUUCCCAUUAGAUAAAUGCACAAGGUCUGAAAGAGAGAUGAAAGAAAGAGUAGAAGUCCCUAGACCAUUCAUUGUCAAAGACUACAAUACACACAGGUUUGGUGUUGAUUUGCAUGAUCAGCUGAUGUCUUAUUACGCAAUGUCAUUUAGCUCCAAAGAAUACUACCAAGGCCUAAUAUUUCACAUGAUAGACAUGACAGUAAUCAACUCAUGGUUACUUCAUAGACGAGAGGCAGAUCAUCUUAAAGUGCCAAAGAGAAAGCAAAUGUCCCUUUGUUUAUUCAAACUCAAACUUGCAGAUUCUCUUUUGCUAGGUGGAAAAAGUACAGUAAAAAAGAGGAAAGUGUUCAGUGAUGUGGAAGCUGCAUUCGCUGCUAAAAAGAGAGCUGGGAAAGCAACUAAGCCAAUUCCGGAUAAAAACAGAAGACUAGAUAUGACUGGACACUUCCCUACAACAUCUAAUAAAAGGGGUUUAUGUAAGCUGCCCGGAUGCACUGGUAGGGUGUUAAUGUUCUGCACGAAAUGUGAAGUUAAUCUAUGCUGUGAAUCAAAGAGAAAUUGUUUUCUAGAGUUUCACACAAAAUAGGCAACAGGGAAGAGAAAGCAAAUUUUUUACUUCAUAUUUUACACAAAAUAAUAAUUUAAUUGGAAUUUUGCAGAAAUGUAACAUUUCAAAUAGAGGAACACCAUUUCAAUUUUAUUUUUCUUAUGUUUAUGUAUAGUGUAAUAGGAAUACUGAAUACUUGUGAUAUGCAAAAAAAAGUUGUUGUGUGCCUUAGAGGAUAAUUUUAUCCCAUUUAUGGAAACCAUAUACAUAUUUUCAAUAAAUAUUUGGAAUAAG